CCCAGCUAUCAUGACCCUGCCGUUUGCUGCAAACAUUGAUAUUAGAGAUACUGUUAAGUACAAAGAAGUCAUGAAACAGUUCAACCUUGGCCCUAAUGGUGGAAUUUUGACUUCCCUUAACUUGUUUGCUACCAAGUUUGACGAGGUAGUCUCUGUUAUUGAGAGGCGAGCAGAUCAACUUGACUAUGUUCUUGUGGAUACGCCUGGGCAGAUCGAGAUAUUCACCUGGUCUGCUUCUGGUGCUAUUAUUACAGAAGCAUUUGCCUCCACAUUUCCCACUGUAGUCACCUAUGUUGUUGAUACACCUCGUUCAGAAAAUCCCACCACUUUCAUGAGCAACAUGCUUUAUGCUUGUAGUAUCCUCUAUAGGACUAGGUUACCUCUUAUCUUGGCUUUCAACAAGGUUGAUGUAGCUCAGCAUGAAUUUGCCUUGGAGGAAUUUGGCAUCAACAGGAUUUUCUGGAACACUUUCUCCCUGAAUUGCCAAAUUGAAAUACUUGGUUUGCUUGUAUGUUGUUACUGUCAUAGAUUCACAUUUUUUUUAUGAGAUUUGAUAAUUUUGAUAUUGUACGAAUCCAAGAAUCAGAUUACCAUAGCUUAUCUCAAGUACAUUUUCCUGUAUGCUAUAAAUGUUAUUGUUUAUAUCUCAAGUACAUUCCCAAUGCCACUCUUUUCAAUUCCAAUAU